UAUACAUGGCAAGUUUGUCGCUCGACAGAAAUUGAGUUUUGUGGAGUUCGACCCGAGUGAAAGUCUUGUUCGUCAUUGCAUGUUUAAACCAUCGUGAUGAAAGUAAUAUACACUAUUGAGCAUCCUUUUCCUAAAUGAUAAUUGUGCCUUAUGAACAGUCAGCUUCGAGCCAUAAUUUUGAAGAGAGUUCUCGAUGGAGUAGAAUAUGGUUCAGGAAGCCUGGCAGGCGACUGGUUUGGUCAACUUUAGAGCUUAAACUCGAAUAUAGUAUCAACAACCCAUUCCUUUUCAUCGGCUCCAAUAUAUAACUUGAAAAUAAGUCUAAAUGAGACAACUUUCACUGGAAUGGGAAUCUUUUUCACUUGAAAGCUCUUUCCACGUUGCUAUUCUUCAACCACUAGUUCUAGUCGAAAAAUUUGAAACUGACUAUGACACAAUAUUGUUAAAAAUUUAACAAUGUGUAUGGGUUGUUCAAUUUAAAGUAAGCAAUCCGAAUCAUUUUCGAGUGUUAGUUUGCAGUUUAGUUGAAAAUUUUAGACUCUUCCUCAUAGUUCCGUGUUGGUUUUUCUUCGAGGACCUACAGAAAACUUUACAGAGGAGUUUUCUGGGUGCAAAAGAUCGAUAGAAGUUUGAAAGGAUUUGGUAUUACAAGGCAGGCGGUUCUAUCACUUUGUAAGACUAAGUUUCUUAUGUUCUCGUUGCGUUGUGUCAAAGCGAGUCCAAUUUUGUAAUCUAGGUGCAGUUAUUUAUGUUGAACUAGUUUCCUGCUAGAAAGAAUAUUAUUCGAUACUUGAAAUACAUCCAGUUUUCAGUUACAAGUGGUAUUUUCUCAUAGAAGAUGACUCCAAGUCUACGAUAAUACAAUCUACUGAAAGUAACUGAAGACUAGACACCUAUCGGAAGUGGAAAAUGAAACAACGAAUACUAGAAAGCGUUGAGAAGUUCAACAUACUAUUGACAAAGACAGAACAGAAAGAAAGUAUGAAAAGCUGCAUAUGUAGCCAGUCUUCGUUUCUUUACUCAAAGUAUUCCUCAAACCAAACCACAAGGAAAGAAAAAUAUUUGGGAGAUAAGGCGGUCAGGAUUAGUCAACUCUGUCUUGCUUUUUCUGUAACAAGUCUGAAAAACUGGAAACCUAUUGUUUCACUAUUUUUUGGAUAAGUUUGACUUUUACAAAACUUUCUUUUUGUAACUUCAAGUAGUCACAAUUCUUCGAGUAAAUUGUGAAGGACUGGUUCUCCUGAACACUAUUAUCGUUUCUGCUAUGGCUUGUAAAGUAGGCAACAAAGUUCACUGGAAAGUGCGCAUUGUUGGUGCUUUGCUUUGAACCCUUGAAGUAUCACGGACACUAUUGCGUUUUUAUGAAUUGCAAAAGCUUUCAAUUAUAGCAGAAAUCAUUGAAAAAUAUUUGUCACAUUCCAUCACCAUCAACUUGAAUUUGCAACUAUAGACAGUGAUGUGUAUUUUGUCAGUGUCUAUCGUCAUUUCCAAAAUGCAACUGCUUGUGACAUAUAUUCCAAUAUUACGAGUACGGUAUCAGUCUUGGACAGCGAAUCCUUUAGAUAAUUGGUAUUGGAAGGCCUUCUUAGGUUCAACCAACGAAAACCGGACAAAACAAAGAGAAUAACAUCGGACUUGUUGCUUUCAUCACCGAGAAGAUCUCGGUUAUUAUAAACCUGACUUCACUGCACCAUCAAAGUUUCACAGUUUGGCCUAUCCAGAAACAUCAAACCUCUAGAAAGUUGAUAAAGAAGUAAGACGUUUA